AUGCCAAUUCAAAAUGUUGUUGAAUUUCCACAACGAAAGAAAGAAGCCAACUCUGAUAUUUCUUUGAAAUCACCAGAGUCGACUAACACCACUGCUUCUAACGGCAGUGGUGCGCACCACCAGGAGAAGACCGAUCCAAACUUUGUCGAUCCAUCUACACUCUCGGCGGAGGAGCGUCUCAAAAAGUCAGACGAAUACAAGGCAAAGGCCAACAAGCUGUUUGGUGACCAAAAGUUUGAUCUUGCGGUCGACGAGUAUUCAAAGGCCAUCGAAUACCAUCCAACUGCCAUUCUCUAUUCGAAUCGUUCGUUCAGCUACUUCAAGAAGGAGUUGUUCGUAUCGGCACUCGACGAUGCCAAGAAAGCAACCGAGUUGGACCCAAUGUACGUGAAGGGUUACUACAGAUUGGGAUCUGCCAACAUGGCAUUGGGUCACUACCAAGACGCCAAGAUCAACUUUCAAACCGUCGUAAAGAAAUUCCCGAAUGACAACGAGGGUCGUCAAAAGUUAAAGACCGUGAGUGCACUCAUCCAAAGAAAGGCAUUCGAAGAUGCAAUUCAAUUCAGUGCAGAGAGUGCAUUCAAGAACUUGGAUUACGAAUCAAUGGCUGUAGAUGAAUCAUAUAAAGGACCACAUUUCAUUGGUGAAGAUAUUACAUUGGAAUUUGUAAAAGAUAUGAUCGAAUAUAUGAAGUCACAAAAGAGUAUUCACAAAAAAUAUAUUCUUAAAAUACUAAAGAAAUCAUUUGAUCUUUUCACUAAACUUCCAUCUUUGGUCGACAUUGAUCAUGAAACUACACAAAACAUCACUGUUUGUGGUGAUACUCAUGGUCAAUUCUAUGAUUUAUUACACAUUUUCGAGUUAAAUGGAUUACCAUCAAAGGAAAAACCAUAUCUUUUCAAUGGUGAUUUUGUUGAUAGAGGUAGUUUCAGUUUGGAGGUUAUUGUUACACUUUUAGCAUUCAAGUUGUUAUAUCCAGAUCAUAUGCACUUGACUCGUGGUAAUCAUGAAUCGAUUGAGAUGAAUCGUUUCUACGGAUUCCACGGUGAGGUCGUAGCGAAAUACUCUGAGAUGGUAUACGACCUCUUUGCUGAGCUCUUCUCAUGGUUCCCAUUGGCAUUUGUUCUCGACAACUCCUAUUUGGUUGUACAUGGUGGCCUCUUUGAUAGAGAUGGUGUAACACUAGACGAUAUCAGAAAGAUUAACAGAGCAUCGCCAGACUCGAACGACAAUGCUUUGCUCCAAUGCUUGCUCUGGUCCGACCCACAACAAAAUCCAGGUAUCUUACCAAGUUCGAGAGGUGUCGGUGUUUAUUUCGGUCCAGAUGUCACAAGAAAAUUCUUAAAAGAGAAUAAUCUUUGUGGUGUUAUUAGAUCUCAUGAGGUCAAGGAAAAUGGUUAUCAAAUCGAUGAUGAAGGAUCGAUCAUCACUAUCUUCUCUGCUCCAAACUAUUGUGAUCAAUCAGGUAAUCUCGGUGCUUAUAUCAACUUCGGUAAAGACACUCUUAAGUUUACAACCUUUUCAGAAGUGCCGCACCCAGAUAUUGGACCAAUAGUUCCUCACGGGUACUAUUUGUUACCUCGGGGUAGCUUCCAGGAAUUAGAGUAUGAAGAUAAUUAUAUCGGAUUACACUUUUUAACAUUCCAUUUCAUAAAGUGCAAGUGGACCUAA